UGCAUGGGUGCGGAGGGCCGCAGGGAAAGAACGGAAGAGUAAAGAUCAAGCAUUGCGCUGCGUACCUAGGUGUCCGAAGAGGCGGUCACGGAUGUAAUGGGGAGGAGGAGCAGGUAUGGCGAAUGGAGGCGAAUACAGAAGCGGCAGGCAGAGAGCAGCCUUUAUCAGUGUAGUUGUGUGCAGAGGAGCGGUUGUGAGGAGCUGAAGAAAGAGGCCGGGGGAGGCGGUUGUACUUGUUUAGAAGGAAGAAAACUGGGGUCUGGCCAACAAUGCCCCAGACGGAUGAAGGCUUGGGGGAAUGACAGCUAAUAAACAGGGAGCAAGGCGAGACAAGGACUGGGCCAGCCAGGAGCAGCUGUUGCAUCCAGCGAGCAGAAUGCAAGGCGAAUCGGCUCAAACUUCAUCCAACCUUGGAAGGGAGCAGGAUUGUAUGGAGCCAACGCCAGUGGGCUUGAGAGCUUGUUUGUCCGAUGUUCCUCCCCGGGGGCUCAGGAGACAACUGACUCGGGCUCGCCUCGCCUUGCGUGGGAUGGGCCAUCCAGGAUUCCAGGUUGCCCAAGAGGCCGGGACGGAAAGGCGGAUACGCGCUCCGGCGACGCAUCAUCUUUUCCGGGGAAGCACCAGGGUCCACUGGCCUGGAAGCUGGAUGGAAGCAUCGCGACAAACGGGGCCUUUUCCUCCGUCGGAGAUGAAGGCGCUGCCUGCCCUCAAACGAAUCGCCGCUCGCCUCAGUCAGGGGGUCUCAACACCCUCGUCCAUUCAAGAUCACUUGGGCUUUUCAUCUGCAUCCACUUCGCUGUUUCUCCAACUGCUUGGCUGGGGCCGGGACAGUCGUAAGCAGGCAGCAGCAGGAAGCCCGCUACGAGGUCGGCCCAACAUGGCCGCUGGAUGAAUUGGCCAAGCCAGGCACAAUCAUGAUGCAAAAGUACAACUACGGCCGUCCCAUCCUGUAUCUUUGCUCAAGCGGCGAUCAGACAAGAAAAAUUGCGGAGAAUUCGGCAAGGAUGGAGUGGAACGAUCGCUGGUUCUCCCUGAAAUAAGCACAUCCGCAACUCCGCAGCUGGAGCGUGGCAAAUGGGUUUCACACAAGAAUAGGACAAUCAACAAACAUUGGCGGUGCAGCAACCAUCCAUAGAUCCUCGUCCCCAGAAGUUCCGGUCAGU